AUGGAUAAACAUUUGGAUUCAAGGAAUCAAGUGGUUGAAGAAAUCAUGAGAAUUCAUAAAUCUUUACCUUCAAGACCAGAGAUUGACGAUGUUGAAGCUGCAACAUCUUUAAUACAGAACGUUGAAAAAGACGUUUUUGCUCGUUUGGAAGCCAUUGAUAAACAGGUUAAAACCUCCGAUGUUCCUCAAGAGUUAUUCGACGUGUUGCAGGAGAUGAGGAAAGGUCUUGUAUUUUACCAGAGCAAAGAACAGAAGAGAGAAGCCACGAAAAUGCUCGAUCUGGAAUCUGCACACCUUGUGUUCGACGAAUUGAUUCAGAGAGCUUUUCGUUGCAUUGCUUCUCCGUCUCCUUCCUCCUCAAAUGGGUCUACCGAUAUGCCUCGGACGGAACCGGAACCAGCGUCAACGCCGGUUGUUUCUUUUGUUUCUCCGGCGAGUUUGUAUUUUUCCGAUCAAACUCCGGUUAAGUCCAAGGAAAUGUUCACGCGUGAUGAUACGUUUGUGACGACGAAAGCCAAAUCUUCGCUUUAUAGUGAUGGAUUAUUAGCUCCUCGCAAGCCUCAGAUUUCUGAUUCAACACUGAAAGUCACCGGCAAUGAUGGGGAGAAGUUGAGUCUUAUAAAACUUGCUAGUUUGAUUGAAGUAUCGGCCAAGAAAGCUACACAGGAACUAAAUCUGCAGCAUAAGCUGAUGGAUCAGCUCGAAUGGCUUCCAGAUUCUAUAGGCAAGUUAUCGAGUUUGGUUAGGCUAGAUUUGUCUGAGAAUUGCAUCAUGGUACUACCCGCAGCCAUAGGAGGGCUUUUGUCCUUGACGAGGCUUGAUUUGCAUUCGAAUAGAAUUGGUCAGCUCCCUGAAUCUAUAGGAGAUUUGAUAAACUUGGUCAACCUGAAUCUUAGUGGAAACCAGUUAUCAUCUCUGCCUUCAGCAGUUAGUAGAUUGAUAAAUCUCGAGGAACUUGAUUUGAGCUCUAAUAGCCUCUCCGUACUUCCUGAAUCCAUCGGUUCUCUCGUGAGCCUAAAGAAGCUCGAUGUUGAAACAAACAAUAUCGAAGAGAUUCCGCAUAGUAUCUCGGGUUGUUCAUCCCUGAAAGAACUCCGCGCAGAUUACAACAGGCUUAAAGCUCUUCCGGAAGCUGUUGGGAAGAUAACUACCUUGGAAAUUCUGACUGUCCGUUACAAUAACAUUCGGCAGUUACCCACAACAAUGUCCUCCAUGGCUAACCUCAAAGAGCUAGAUGUGAGUUUCAAUGAGCUUGAGUCAGUACCAGAGAGCUUAUGUUAUGCCACAACGCUUGUGAAGCUUAACAUCGGGAAUAAUUUUGCCAACCUGAGAUCACUCCCGGGGUUAAUAGGCAACCUUGAGAAGCUAGAAGAGCUUGAUAUGAGCAAUAACCAGAUCCGUUUCCUUCCCUACUCAUUCAAAACGCUUUCACAGCUGCGUGUUCUUUGCACAGAACAAAAUCCCCUUGAAGAGCUUCCAAGAGAUAUAACCGAAAAGGGCGCUCAGGCUGUGGUGCAAUACAUGAAUGACCUCGUGGAGGCAAGAAACACCAAAUCUCAAAGAAUUAGGCCGAAAAAGAGCUGGGUCAACAGUAUCUGCUUCUUCUGCAAGUCUACGAACUAA